AAAAAGUGCUCUAAGUUGUGUAUAUUGAGAGUGAGGUAACUCUGAAUUACGUGGUUGAUACUUCUGCAACAGUGAAAUUUCUGCACACAUCAGUUGAAGGUCUUGGUUUGUUCUUUGUCAUUGUUCAUCUACAAUGGAGUCCCUGUCAUCACCUUUUCAAGGACGCCAAAAUGGCCAUAUUCUACAAGUGGAGGAUGAGGUGGCACGUAAAGGACCCCGUCGCAAAAGGGAGUUCAUACCUGAGGAGAAGAAGGACGCCCUCUACUGGGAGAAACGUCGCAAGAACAACGAGGCAGCCAAACGGUCCCGGGAGAAGAGAAGGCUGAAUGACUACGUGCUGGAGAAUCAUCUCAUGGCCCUGAAAGAAGAAAACACCAGGCUCAGUGCUGAAUUGAUGGCCAUCAAGCUGCGCUUUGGCCUGAUCCACCCUGCAGCCUACACUGUUCACCAGAGUAACCAACUGCAACACCACAUCCACAGCAGCACCCAACCUGCCACUGCUACCAGUACACAACACCAGUCUCUGCAGAGGGAGUACUGGGGUGGCAGAGACUCGUCUGUUAUGCCAAGACACCAUCCACCCCAGCCUGUCUUCAUCCCUGCUUAUGCCCUCCAUACAAUGAGGGGCUAUUCAUAUUUAAGCACGUCCAGUAGCACCAGCCCUGGCCUCCUCACUCCUCUUGCCCUCCCUCAAAAUCUCCUGCCUACCAAUUCAUCCCGUUUUAGAGCUCCACUACUGAAGCCCAUUUCUACAAGAGCUGCCUCAGAUGGGGAGGAGGAGCAGCAGGUCCCAGGGGUGCUAUUCAGCCCUGCUGCACCUCGCAAAGUCAACGCCAGAGAGGACAGGAACUACUCACCACUGAGACAAUACAUGUCCAACUGACUGUCCAAUAAAGAGGGUAUAUCUGCUGUACAGACUGAUUG